GCGGCCAAGGAGGUGAUGAACAGUCCGGAUUCGUGGAUCCGCUCGUCGAUUCCCGUGCUGCCGCGCUGGCUGUCUGUGGUUUGCCUCGUCCUCAAUAUCGUUCUACCGGGAACCGGUACGAUGCUAGGUGGAGCGUCGGUCUUCUGCUGCAGCAGUACACGCGUUCAGAACGGCAAGGACGACGCCAACCUGAGAACGUUCUGCGUUAGUCUUUGGGUUGGCAUUGCUCAGAUGUUCACUGUGACGUUCCUGCUCGUAGGCUGGUUCUGGAGCAUCUCCUGGGGCGUGUAUAUGGUAUCUCUGACAAGGGAGGCAAAACGGAAACGCAAUAAGCAACUGACGGCACUGGCUCUGAACGCCUUCGGAGGGAGCAGGACUUCACACAGUUGAUAGGAAGUACGCGGACGCGGAAAACGACACAAGAGCAUUCCACUCUGCUUUCGACAAUUGGCAACCACAGCGUCAUGCAGCCCUCAACCCGCUCAUCCACCAUGCACUAUGUUACCACGCUUCAUCUACGUCACCGGUCUUCAGUCACACGUUAUCAGUCACGUCAUCAGUCCGUCAAUCACGUCACUAGCACCUCUAGCUGUUACGUCACCGGCCGCUCGGACACGUAACCAACCGCCAUCUUUGCCACCAGCCCUCAGUUGCGUCACCAGUCUCAUCUACUUCAUACGCCUUUGGCUACGAUAUUUUGACCCCCCCCCCAUCUGUGUCACCAUUCAUCACCCGCGUCACCAACCCUCUGCCACGUAAUCAGCUUUUAUAGGCGCGCCUUUAGCUUUUAGCGAUCACACCAGACCAGCCUGUUCAGACAACUAUAUCACCAUUCCUUAGCCGCAUUACUAUAGCUCGAACAUGUCACUAAUCAUCAGCUAGGCACGUAACCCGCAUCUCACCAUCCUCAUUGGAACCUAAUACCAGUGGCAGUGAUCCGUCUGUCUAACCACACGCGCACUAGCUAUAAUUUGAUGUUUAACUAUUCACGUAUGAAGGUAUACGUGAGAGGUUAAUUCUUGUGCAACGAAGCAUUUCAAAAUGUCUCCCGUAGAGGGGAAUCGUAUUGAAGAUCUACCAAUAUAUAUAUACAGUAUAUAUAUAUGCAACUUUGGGCAUUUACGGAAUUAGACAUCCCACAGAUUUGUGUUAAGCAACGUGUUAAACCCACUUGCGCUCAUUGCAACUAUCCCGUUUUCCCGGGACAGCAAACAAAUCGGAGAUACAGUUAUAUCAGCCCGUUGGAGGAUGAACAAAAAAUAUUAAGCUAAAUUCAGUCGUGUAUUCUAGUCUAACCUAGUCAUACGUGUAUAAAUCUUUCCAGUUUGUUCAAAAUAUUAUAAAAUAUGCCAUUGCCUAUUUAUUAAUAUACGUUAGGUCAAUUAUGUGUGGCACCCCAAUAUUUUUAAUAAUCAGUUUAAUUCUAUUAUAAUAGAAGUUACAUAUGUAUGUUAAUACGUACGUACACGCGCGCACA